AGUAAAACAGCGAGUGUACAGUUGCAGUCUCGUGGAAACAGGUGGAUGUUCAUUUAGUUCGGGACAUUUCGAUUGAAAACAGUUUGUGCAGAUUGAGUUCGUUUAAAAUUCCUUAACAAUGGCUUUCAAAGACGUGAUGAGGGGAAUUGGAGAAUUAAUCCUUAACAACAAGCUGGUCACCUUCCUUAGUGUGGCCUUGUUUGCCUUCAUCAUAACAACGAUUGUGUUGGCCACCGAAAAUAAUAGCAAUAAAGAUGCGUUGGCGGAUUGCCAAGCUCAAUUGUCGGCGACCACGGCUCCCCCAAUUCCACCCACAACCACCCUACAACCGGGCCCAGACACUACAACAUUGGAAUCGGAAGCAACGACAGUUGUAACGACACCUGAACCUCCUACUACCCAACCCCCGAUAAAUCCAUCUGAAACAAAAACUCUGCUACAAAGGAUGCUGACGGCGGAAUCGAAUACGAAUCGAAUCGAUCGUAAACGAUAAUAUUUGAAUUGGAUUUUGAAGCUAAUGCGAAUUACUUAUUGUGCUCCUGUAAUUUGUAGUUAUUAACUGUGAAUAUAGAACUCGAGAAUCAUUCCUAA